GCGAGCUGAUAUUCAGUUCCGCCGCCGCCGUUGCCGUUGUCGCGUUCCUCUCGCCGUCGCGUAAUCACCGCACGGUCGUUUCGGUGCGUUCGAGAUCCGGUCCGUCGGACGGGUUGGCAGGAGGGGUACGGGGCCGCCGUCGUAGUCGUCACUCGCGUCCAUCUGCUCUGUCGUCAUCGCUCUCGUUCGCCGUCGUUACUCGUUAUCAUGCGCCGCCGCUGUUCGAUCGUCGUUGCUGCCACCACUGCCACCGAGACCGCUGCUCGGACGAUGACAACGACGACGACGGAUUCCUGAUCGAUUCGUCAUCGCCGCAGCCGUUGGCUUUUUCGCCCGCGAAAAAACACUUUAAGUAUUAUAUUAUUUUCAUCGGCCGUUUGUGAGCGCGAUCGCACAAACCAGCACACGGUGCCUGCCAACGCGUCGCCGCCGCCCUAACGCUCUCAGCACACCCUGCCCGAUUGGGUAGCAGCCCGCUACGCCGGAGGACUACACGAUGGCGACGCUAUCUCUGAGGAUAUCCAUCGUCGAACGAGAUGUCACCAAAACGAUGCAAUUCGAUCCGACCAUAUCGGUAUACAAUGCAUGCCGACUUAUCAGAGAAAAGAUAUCUGAAGCCAAUCUUGACCAACCAAAAGAUUAUGGAUUGUUUCUAGCUGACGAAGACAUAAAGAAAGGAGUUUGGCUGGAACCUGGACGUAAUUUAGAAUAUUAUAUUCUGAGAAAUGGGGAUUUGUUGGAGUAUCGAAAAAAGAUGAGGACAUUAAAAGUGCACAUGCUUGAUGGAACAUUGAAAACCCUUCUAGUCGAUGACAGUCAACCAGUAGCAAAUCUAAUGGUGGUCAUUUGCACAAAAAUUGGAAUUACUAACCAUGACGAAUAUAGUCUUGUGAGAGAAACUCCAGAGGAAGAAGUUGAAAAUAAAGCUAAUUUUGGAACAUUGACAUUAAAAAGACGAAAAGAAGAUCGAGAACGUGAAAAAGAUGCUAAAAUGGAACAAUUAAGAAAAAAAUUGAAAACAGAUGAUGAAGUCAACUGGGUUGAUCCAUCUAAGACUCUUAGGGAACAAGGCAUUGAUGAGGGUGAGCCUGUAUUAUUAAGAAGAAAAUUUUUCUUUUCUGACGGAAACAUAGACUCCCAUGACCCAGUACAAUUAAAUUUAUUAUAUGUUCAGGCAAGAGACGCAAUUUUAGAUGGAACACACCCAGUUACAGAAGACCUUGCUUUACAGCUUGCUGGUAUUCAAACUCAUAUUCAAUUUGGAAAUUACUGUGAAACCAAACACCGUCCCCCAUUUUUAGAUCUAAAGGAAUUCUUACCUCAAUCGUACACAAAAAUAAAAGGUAUUGAAAAAAAAAUAUUUUCUGAGCAUAAAAAUCAUGUAGGUUUAUCUGAAUUGGAUGCAAAAGUUCUUUAUACAAAAACUGCAAGAUCAUUACCCACUUAUGGAGUAACAUUUUUCUUAGUUAAAGAAAAAAUGAAAGGAAAAAAUAAAUUAGUUCCUCGUCUCUUGGGAGUGACAAAGGAUUCAGUUUUACGCUUGGAUGAAAGAACCAAAGAAAUAUUAAAAACUUGGCCUCUGACAACAGUAAGAAGAUGGGGAGCUUCUCCAAAUACAUUUACAUUAGACUUUGGGGAUUAUUCAGAUCAAUAUUAUUCAGUACAAACUACUGAAGCUGAACAAAUACUUCAAUUAAUUUCUGGUUAUAUCGACAUUAUUCUGAAAAAAAAAAAGUCUAAAGAUCAUUUUGGUAUUGAAGGAGAUGAAGGUUCAACAAUGGUAGAGGAUAGUAUUUCACCACUUAAGGCUACAAUUUUACAACACGAAAGUAGUCAGUUUGGAAAAGUAAACACUGAAUCAGUGGCAAAGCCUGCAGUAAUGAGAGCUGGAGCUGAAGGUGCUCGUCCAUAUGGACUAGGACACAUGGGAAAUGCUCAGUACACAACAGUCAGUGGACGAAUAAAUGUACACCAUACACCUUCAGUGGGACCACAAAAUAAACAAAUUAAGGUAUUGAGUGCGCCACAAAAAGCAUUGUGUAUGACUAUAUCAAAUAGUCAAGAAAUUAUAACUACUAUUGAAAAAGAAUUGAUAUCAAAAGCUGUUAUUCCCGAAUUUGGCAACGAUGCAGCUUCAACUAAACUGAAAGAGACUACAAUAGAUUCAAAUAAACAAAACAUCAGCUCCCAGAUUGCAGCCAUGAAUGCCGCUACAGCUCAAGUAGUCACUUUGACUUCCGGAGAUAUUGACUAUUCUAGUGUUGAACAAGCUAUUACAUCUAUUACUACAAAUUUACCUGAAAUGAGUCAGGGUGUACGCGUUUUAGCUGCUCUAACUCCUACUGGUGAUCAUUUGUUAGAUGCAGCUCGUAAAUUAUGUUCUGCUUUUACUGACCUUUUGAAAGCGGUUCAACCAGAUUCAAACACUGGACGUCAGAAUUUACUUAACGCUGCUAGUAAAGUUGGUGAAGCUUCUCAACAAGUAUUAACACAGAUUGGUGAUGAUGGAGCUGACGAAUCUCGUGACAUUUUAUUGAGUUUGGCUAAGGCGGUAGCUAAUACAACAGCCGCUCUUGUUGUUAAAGCUAAAAAUGUCGCAGCAACUGUUGAACCACAACAUCAGUCAAAUGUUAUUAGUGCUGCAACUACAUGCGCACUUACAACUUCACAGCUAGUUGCUUGUACAAAAGUUGUUGCUGGUACUGUGGAAAAUCCAAGUUGCAAAGAACAGUUAAUGGCUGCAGCUAGAGAAGUGGUUAAUGCAGUAGAAGACCUAGUUUCUGUGUGUAAUUUAACACAGCAUGAAAAUAAUGAACAUUUAUUACAAGAACUUUCGGAUGCAGCAUAUCAAGUUACCACUACAUUAAACCAAUUACUCAAUAGACUUACAAGCGCAUCUAGAGCUGUUGGAGAAAGUCUGAGUAAUUUGGUAGAUGUAUGCACAUCACCUGUUUCAAAAGAAAAGAGGUUCAACACAGAGAAAACUUUUCAAGUUCAAGAGUACUCAAAGUCAUCCAAUGAUACUGGUUUCAUAGAUCAGACCAAUUCAUCAAUGAAUUCUGUGGUUAUUACAGGUGACAACUUGUUAGAUAUUUCAACAUUGACAAAACGCUAUGAGUAUAACCAUGAUACAAACAUAAAUAAUCAAAAUUAUGGAUAUCAUAAGUCGACACACGAUUACCAGUUGCAAAACACCAUGACAGAAAUUGAAAAGCAGCAGAUAUUGCACAAGUUGUCAUCUAGUGGAACUCGCGGUACUCAAGCGUGUGUAAAUGCAGCUAGUACAGUGUCUGGUAUUAUUGGUGAUUUAGAUACAACAAUACUCUUUGCUACUGCUGGAACACUCCAUGCUGAAAAUGAAAAUGAAACGUUUUCUGACCACCGAGAAAAUAUUUUAAAGACUGCUAAAGCAUUAGUAGAAGACACUAAAACUUUGGUUACUGGUGCGGCUUCCUCACAAGAACAGCUAGCAGUUGCCGCUCAAAAUGCUGUUUCUACUAUAAUACAAUUGGCUGAUGUAGUCAAGUUUGGUGCAGCUUCUUUGGGAGCCAACAACCCAGAAGCUCAGGUUAUGUUAAUCAACGCUGUGAAAGAUGUGGCCACUGCAUUAGGGGAUCUAAUUCAAGCAACAAAAGCUGCUUCCGGGAAAAAUAUCAAUGAUCCAUCAAUGAAUGAACUAAAAGAAAGUGCUAAAGUAAUGGUUACAAAUGUAACUUCACUUUUAAAAACUGUAAAGGCGGUAGAAGACGAACACACACGUGGCACAAGAGCCCUUGAAUCAACUAUUGAAGUUAUUGGCCAAGAAAUUCGGGCUUUAAGCUCAACUGAAACAUUCAAAUCAACAGCUACUGUAGAAGAGUUGAUACGUUGUACAAAACCGAUUACAAUGGCUACAGCAAAAGCUGUCUCAGCUGGUAAUAGUGGUAAACAAGAAGAUGUUAUUGUUGCAGCAAACAUGGGACGUAAAGCUAUAUCAGACUUGUUGACUGUCUGCAGGGGAUGCAGUAAUACUAUUGAAAAUGCUGAUUUGAGAGAAAGAACAUUACAAGCUGGGUACAAUAUCUCCCAAGAAUACAGAAAAUUGUUGCAGACUGUAUUAUUUAUAAUAUCUAAACCAAAUUUAAGUUCUGAUUCGAAGCAUAUGUUACAAACGAUUUCCCGUAUGAUCGCACAAUAUGUCACAGAAUUGAUAUCUGUAACUGAAACUAUCAAAGGUAAUGAUUGGGUCAGUCCUGAAGAUCCUACUAUAAUUGCGGAGAACGAAUUGUUGGGUGCUGCAGAAUCUAUUGACGCUGCUGCAAAAAAACUUGCCAGCUUACGUCCCAGGAAAUCAGUCAAUGUGGAAGCUGCAGAUGCGUCAUGGAAUUUUGAUGAAGUUAUUUUGGAAGCAGCUAAAUCCAUUGCCGCUGCCACAUCGGCACUAGUGAAAGCAGCAUCAGCUGCACAACGUGAACUAAUCGAUUCUGGAAAAGUCAGUCGCAGACCUUUAACCAGUUCUGAUGAUGGUCAAUGGUCAGAAGGCCUGAUAUCAGCUUCCCGUUUAGUGGCUGCUGCUACUCACAGUUUGGUGGAAUCAGCAAAUGCCUUAGUCCAAGGGAUAUCGAGCGAAGAAAAGCUAAUAUCAUCAGCAAAACAAGUGGCUUCGUCGACUGCCCAGUUGCUAGUGUCUUGUAAAGUUAAAGCCGACCCCGACAGUGCAUCCACUAAGAGAUUAUUGGCGGCUGGAAAUGCUGUGAAACGUGCAACAGACAACCUAGUUAAAGCGGCCCAACAAGCAAUUCAGAACGACGAAGAACGAAGUCUAGUUCUUAGCAAACGGAUGGUGGGAGGAAUUGCACAAGAAAUUAAUGCUAGAUCAGAAGUAUUGAGGAUCGAACGUGAGUUAGAAGAGGCCCGUCAACGGUUGGUUGUUAUCAGGCAAGCCAAAUACAAGGCCAAAGGCGAUGAUUCAAGUCCUACAGAGCUGUUGGAAAACGAUUCGUCUUUUGAACAUCAGUUAAAUGGCAGCAGAACCUCCACUGACAACUACGUCAACAGUAGUAUGGAUGAAAAUGGAGACAACAUUCAGGCAAAUGCCUACAACGUAUACAAGCUCCUCAACAACUCGAAUGAUCAAACUAGUCUGAACACUUUUAAUGAAACGUUUCACUCGGGCACAAAUAAAUUGUACACGUACAAUUCAGCAGGCUCGAGCCCCAAAAAUGUGUUUAACAAAUCCUCCUCGAUGUCCACCAAGAACAACACAGUUAAGUAUAAUUGCUCAUCCACCAUCAGCAACAACACAACAACGACAACCAAAUCGUACACAGUCAACGAAUGAGAGUAUCAGAAUUCUUAUCGCUAUCCUGCAGUCACAUUCACCCGUUCAUGAACUUUUCAUUUUAAAUUUAUGCUGCUCUCCUCUAUCUUACUCAUCUUACUCAUCUGCACUUAUUAAUGUACACAAACACACAAAAGACUUACUGUCCAGAGCCUAUAAUGUAUGUUUUAUUAUUAUUUAUAUAAAGGAGCACUAACAACCUUGAUUGUAUAUUUUGAUUCAAUUUAUUAUUGUCUGAACAAUUUUGUUUUGCAAUUUAACGAGACAUCAGAAUAUGCUUUCAACAAUUAAACUUGUUUUGUUUUCAAUUUUAUUCAGUGACAUUAUUCAUAACAGUAUCUUGUUUUUAACGUGUCAGUUCCUAACACGCAUAUAUUAUUAUACAUAUUUAUAUUUAAAAUUUUUAUUCACGCACUAAGUAUUUAGUUGUAAAUACUUAUAAAAAUCACUAUUUAUAUAUAAUAUUAUUUAUGUAUAUCACGGUUUGAACAAUCUCACUUUCAAAAAUUCUAGUCAAUUAACUCAUUCGAUUAGUAAUUGUUUUAAGUUUUACAAUCUUAUCUUAACAUAAACAUAUCGUUGUAUUGCUGAAAUUCAAACUAGUUUGUCUUUCAAGACCAGUCUACGUAAAUAAUGACUAACCGUGCUUGUUGUGCCUUUAGAUAAUCGCAAAUUUUGAAAGAGGUGUUUGUGCUAACUUUUUAUAUAAAUAGUCUAUAAAUUAAUACUCUAUAUUUAGUAGCCCAACAGCAUUAUCGAAUUGUAAAUAUUAUCCUGUAAGUAUUUACAACUACAAAAACAUCGAAUUUUAACGCUCUGUAGACAUAA